AUGGCGGAAAUUGGUGAUUUGGAACAAGAUAUCGAGGCUCUUACAAAAGAGAUCGACUUUUUAACUGAUAAAAGAGAUUCUUUGAAGACAAAAGUAAAACUAAAUAACAGAUCAUUGCUUACAAAGCAUCCUUUGGUUAAAGAUUUUCAAUCUCUUUUCGACAGCUUCCCACAUUUAUUCGACACAUUAUCGAACCAGGUGCCUGAAACAAAUCCCGAUGAUUAUGAAGUUGAUAGUUUGUUACUCAAAGGUCCUGAGAUAGCACGACAAGAAAUAUUUAAAGAGCCGAACGAUGUUCAACGAAUCGUUGAGCAUAAGGUAUUCGAUGACAGCAUUUCUAACUUGCUUGGCAAGAAUAUUAUGAGUUCGGUCCCGAAGCACAAAUCCUGGCCGACCAAUCCAAUAAAUAGCGGUUUAAUCGAAAAAAUACGUCUAGAAAAUGCCUACAGACUGUUUGGCAUUACUUAUUUUCCUGUGGUUGAUCCGAGUGAUCUACGAAAAAACGAAGCUACGAAUGAAAUGAUAGUGACCAGAGACAUGUUAGGCAUACGAUUAGAAAUAUUCAAUGAAAGAGACUCAAAGUUCGAGAAACCCUAUUAUAUAUUACUGAAGAAAAAUUCAAAAACCCUUGCUUGGGAGCUAUUCAAACAUACUAUUCCCGUCUAUAUAGAUGUACAGAAUAGUUUCCAGAAUUCUACCACUGUGCCGAUAACAACUUAUGAAGAUGUGUACCUUUUCGCAAAGGAGGUUUAUAUAAAUUUGGCAAAGGGUAGUGAAAGAAGACAACAAUUGAUUGAACUGGAACAGGAGGGCCUCGUUACAGAUUUACAAGUGGAUUUAGAGUCUGCACAAGUAAGCUUUGUGUUAAAUGGACUCCAAAUACAACUGCUUCUGAACGAUCAACAUGUCGUUUCUUGCUUUGCCAAAGACCAUGGGGACUCAGAAUUAGGAAACAUCGAGCAACUGUUUCUAGGACCUCUAAGAGAGCUGAAACAUACGAUAAGGCAUCUGAAAAACUAG